GAUACAGAGAGACAGAGACAGAGACAGACAGACAGAGACAGACAGACAGAGACAGAGAGACAGGCAGAGACAGAGAAACAAACAGACAGACAGACAGACAGACCUUUUUCCUGUGAUGAUGGACGACUACUUUCUCCCGUCGUGGAUUUAUUUGGCUGUUUUCACCGUGUUUGUGGGCGGAGCCACGAAGAAGAUUCUGGCGUGCCAGCUGAGCGCCGCGCCGCCCCUGAUGGCGUUGCUAGGUGCCACCGUGCUCGCAGAGCGUCUGUGGGCGCUCUGCCUUCCGGCCUUGCUGCUACUGGUGCCCCUCGCCCUCACCUACUUCCUGUACUUCCUGUACAGCUGCACCAGGGCGCCGCCCGCCACCCUGCCCGCCCAAGGCAAGGCCGUCCUCAUUACAGGAUGUGACUCUGGUUUUGGGAAUGCGACAGCAAAGCAUCUGGACGCUCUGGGUUUCGAGGUGUUUGCCACCGUGUUGGACGGAUCCGGAGAUGGAGCCAGAGAUCUGCAGAAGACCUGCUCCCCCCGCCUCACCAUCCUGCAGGUGGACAUCACACAGCCUCAGCAGGUCCAACAGGCGCUGAUCCAAACCAAGGCCAAACUGGGCCUCAAAGGUCUGUGGGGUUUGGUGAACAACGCUGGUGUGUGUGUGAACUUCGGUGAUGCCGAGCUGUCACUGAUGUCAACUUUCCGAGGCUGCAUGGAGGUCAACUUCUUCGGGACGCUGAGCGUCACACAGACCUUCCUACCGCUGCUGAGACACGCUAGAGGACGCAUCAUCACCGUCUCCAGCCCAGCAGGUGACCAACCGUUUCCCUGCCUUGCGGCGUACGGAGCCUCCAAGGCAGCGUUGAACCUCCUGAUGAACACGCUGAGGAACGAGCUGCAGCCCUGGGGCGUCCCAGUGUCCACCGUGCUGCCCGCCUCCUUCAGGACAGGUCAGUCGGGGAACCGAGCCUACUGGGAAACGCAGCACACACGGCUCUUGCAGAGUCUGUCUCCGGCGCUGCUGGACGAGUACGGCGAGGACUACGUGUCCGAGACGAAGGAUCUGUUCCAGAGCCACGCCAGCCACGCCAACCCGGACCUCAGCCCCGUGGUAGUUGCCAUCACCACGGCGCUGCAGGUGCAGCAGCCGGCCCCGCGGUACUUCGCCGGGCCAGGCGUCGGCCUCAUGUACUUCAUCCACAGCUACUGCCCGCUCAGCGUCAGCGGACGCUUCCUGCAGAAACUGUUUGUGAAGAAGAAGCUGCCGCCACGCGCGCUGAGGAAGCAGGCGGACUGCAAGCUGAGCCACGGCCUCCACAACAACAACAACAACAACAACGACGAGGACAGCAGCGGCGAGGUCAAACUCAAGUAGCUGCCAGACAGACACAGAGACACAGAGAGUUUAGAGGACCACUUCUGUAACUAUUUUGCUCGAGCGAUUCAUUAGUUUGUUUUUCCUUCCAUGUUUUGUCCUUCUUUCACAUCUCUAGUCGGCCGUUUCCUCGGCUUCUCUUUGGAUUUGAGCUCUAUAAUGUGAAGAGCGAAGAGCAGACACACAAACAGAAUCUGCUGAUUUCUCUUUAGCCAUUUUCCAGGAUGAAAAAUCUGCAGAAUAGCGUUAACAUGCUGAGUCCAUGGCGUCCGUCUCCCUGGAUGUGUGUGUGUGUGUGUGUGUGUGUGUGUGUGUGUGUGUGUGUGUGUGUGUCUGUGUGUGUGUUUACGUAUUGUGAUGUCAUUUCCUGGAGUAUCUUCAAAUGUUUUCACAUUCCUAAAAUCAUUAGAGCCUCAGCUUACAGGUUAUAUAAGUCAAUAAAUCAGAAUAAUUCAUUACAGUUGUACAUUGUGUCAAUAUAUUUGCACUUGUAUGUUGAGUUAUUAUUAUAAUCUUCUUUCUCUGCCCUUUUUUGCAUUUUCAAUCCAACUAUUUAUGGUGUUUUAUGCCUUUUAUCUUCACUUAAACUGUGAAUUUUGUAUAAAAAUAAUGUAAAAACAACACAAAUAUGA